UUUCGAUAUACAAAAAUAUAUUGGUGUACCUUUUUCUCUAUAAAUUUAACAACCAUGUUAGCGAAACUUUAACAACCGCUUCAGAAACUCAAACAGAUACUACAGAAUCCAACUCGAAACAUUUACAUUUUACAAUUUUCAGUGAUAAAAUGUUUCUCAACUUAAUCCAUGUCACCUUUACCAUUGAUUCCGGAAUUCAACAGAUUAAACGAGCAGGAACGAAAUAUUCUUGA